GCCAUCGUUCCUUUUCCGUUUUUGUCCAACAGCUCCGAGGCCCUGUUCGGCCUACCGGGGCCAAGGCAAAAGGCAACACAGUUGUAGUGCCGGGGUGCCCGUGCUGGAGGCGGUGUGUCGCUCUUCAUUGUCUGAGUAGAAAGCUCAGCGCACGGGUUUCCCCCACAUUGGUCUCAAUGGCUACCACACACAAACCACGUCCCACCUGAGAGGGAGCGGUUUUAGCUGCGAAGAGAAGAGAGGAGGAAUACCAGUUCAAAACUCAGCCACAGGACCAGGACCAGGACCAGGACUAGGACUGUGUGGGAUUUACCGCCUGCGCUGGAAAUAAAAGCUCCCACUGACGGACAAUCUGUGGAUCCUGAAGAAAGAGAGGGGGAGGUCCCUGCAGCUUGAGAGCGCCUCACUGUAGCGUCUGUCACCAUGGUAGAGCCAGCCGACAGGCCGUCUACAGCCGGACAGAGGCUGGGCGCCCCUGAAAGUUUCGGGGUGUCCACCCUGGAGCCGGGCCUGCGUCCUCCUGUUCAGCCUCCGGGGAGGCAGGUCUCCAUACGGGUGCAGAUGCUCGAUGACACACAGGAAGUCUUCCAGAUAUCGCAACGUUCCCCUGGCAAAGUUUUGUUUGACCUGGUCUGUGUCCAUCUCAACCUGACCGAGGGAGACUAUUUUGGAUUGGAGUACCAGGACCAGCGCAAGAUGACGGUGUGGCUGGAUCUGCUGAAGCCGACACUGAAACAGAUCAGACGGCCUAAAAACACCAUCCUUCGUUUUGUGGUGAAGUUUUUCCCUCCUGACCACACACAGCUCAUGGAGGAGCUGACUCGGUAUCUGUUUGCCUUGCAGAUAAAACGCGACCUCGCCUGCGGUCGUCUCAUCUGUAACGACACCAGCGCUGCUCUCAUGGUCUCCCACAUCAUUCAGUCGGAGAUAGGAGACUUUGACGAGACCCAGAGCUGGCAGCACCUCCUCCACAAUAAGUACCUGCCCGACCAGGACGCCAUCAGAGACAAGAUCACAGACUGCCACCGCAAGCAUGUCGGGCAGACUCCGGCAGAGUCGGACUACCAGCUGCUGGAAAUCGCUCGGCGGCUGGAGAUGUACGGUGUUCGUCUGCACCCAGCCAAGGACAGAGAGGGAACUAAGCUCAGCCUGUCCGUGGCGCACACCGGGGUCCUGGUCUUCCAGGGGUACACAAAGAUUAACGCCUUCAACUGGUCCAAAAUUCGCAAGCUCAGCUUCAAACGCAAAAGGUUCCUGAUCAAGCUGAGAGCAGAUCCCGCACAGAACGCCCACCACGACACGCUGGAGUUCGCCAUGGCCAGCAGGGAUUGCUGUAAGGUCUUUUGGAAGAUCUGCGUUGAGUAUCACGCCUUCUUCAGGCUCUUUGAGGAGCCCAAGCCCAAACCCAAGCCCAUCCUCUUCACCAGAGGAUCCUCAUUCCGAUUCAGUGGCCGAACUCAGAAGCAGAUCAUUGAUUAUGUGAAAGACUCAGAGAUGAAGAAAGUUCCAUUUGAAAGGAAGCACAGUAAGAUUCUGUCCAACAGCAGCAUGACCCCUCAGUCGUCUUCCUUCAGAUCACAAGUGCCAAAAGAGAGUGCCAUGUCGGUCCCGUUAGCAGACCAGCCUGACUCUGCCAGAUUGGGCCAUCAAGCUGAAUCUAAUGGUUCAGAGGAGCCACUGCCGGUCACAGCCUCUGCCAACGGUUUCCAAGAUACCCCCGUGGCGCCCGGCUCAGACCCGAUUCAGUCCAGGCAGAACCACCACGGCACCAGAUCAGCGCCGGACCAGCAGCUCCUCAACCCAGGUCCAUCCUGCAGGGCAAACAAAGGCAGCAGCUCUUCUAUUCCUUACAUAGACUGCAGUGACAUAGACAGUGAAUGUGAUGUGACAAAGAACAGCAGGGCUACCAGGGGCCACAGCAAUGCAAAUGACAGCAAUGAGGAUGAGCCUGCUGCAUAUAAUAAUAAUAAGCAUGGGGGUAGCAGUCGCAAUGGGGGGCAAGCAGGGAGUCUGUUUGGGGCUGUAAAUGGGUUUUACCACACCAAUCACCAGGGGGUGAUGCAGCAGAUUCAGCAGCAGGGUAUGAUGGGUAACAGAAACAAUGUAGAUCAGUCCCCAGUGUCUAAUAAGUUUAAUAUGAGUCAUGAGCUGACAGAUGAUGAGAUUUUGUCAAAUGGAGGUUCGUUUCACGGCCGUCUUCCCCUCCACAGCACGCUCUUGGACGAGAUCUUUCAGGGUCGAGACAAGCGAGGUGCAGCGAUAGGUCGACCGUUAGGUACCGGGACUCGGAGUCAGUGCUCCAGCCCGGUGAUCAGCAGCUUCCACCACCGCACAAACUCGCUCAGCCAUGCCGAGACGACCAACGGUCACGGUCAGCCGCGCUCGGGCUCACGCUGGGACGACGGCGGGCAUUAUUUCAGUAAACGUCCCGGAGCAGUGCCAGUGGAAACUCCCACUGUCCCGCCGCCGUCCCACCCACCAAACCAUUACGGCAGCUACUCCCCCAUCACCUCAAACCGCACACCACCACAUUUGGCCAAACCGUACAGCAACAACAACAUGAGGAACCGCUCUGAUACCGAUCCGUUCAUUCUUAGCCAGCUGACAUCUACUCCCAUCCACCACCGCAACCCUAAUCACCCCGGGCUGCACGCCCAAGCCCCUUGUUCCGCCCCGAUGGAGCGAAGAAUGAUAAUAACUAACGGCAAUCACAAGGGGAACCUCAUGGCUCCAGGUCAGCCGCGAUCCAAUACGGUGCAGCGACUGUUCGGGCGUCAGGGAAAACCCAACAACCACAACAACCUAAACCAGCCGGUCCAGAUGAUCGACGGGUCCACCAGCAGCGGCACUGACACCAGCGACACAGAGUCAGACACCGGCAGCAGCGCGUACAGCCAGCCGUUAAUGUACGGCAACCCCGCCGCAGUCAGUUCCCUGAACUCAGUUAACUCGAACGGCGUGAACUCGUCCCCGCUGCCUCGAAACAAGUUCUCCUUUGGGAGUCUGCAGCUGGAGGAGGGGGAUGAUGGUGAGGGGGAGGAGGAAGGAUGCUACCGCUUUAAUGAGGAAGAUAUAGAAGACUCCCCGCUGGGAAGUCCCCAUGUGGUAGUUAACGGGAACGGCUCGGUAAAUGGACAGGAGAUGGGCGGCACCGCCGUCCUGGGUCUAGGCCAGAGUCCCGAGGGACGGCAGCUAUCGCCGCUCACCAGCCCGCUGCUCACUGAAGCAGGAUACGUCCGCAACGAGGAUGAGGACGAGGCGAGGAGGAAGAAGUUUCCCACAGACAAGGCCUACUUCAUAGCCAAGGAGCUGUUGACCACAGAGCGGACCUACCUCAAAGACCUGCAGGUCAUCACAGAGUCCUUCCAGAGUUUUGUGGGGAAAGACGAAGCGUUUCCUGACUCUGUUAAGAAACUGAUCUCCACCAACUACGAUCCAGUCCACAAGUUUCACCAGGGAUUCCUGAAAGAGGUGGAGCAGCGGCUGGCACAGUGGGAGGGUCGGUCCAACGCCCACAUUAAAGGAGACUAUCAGCGAAUUGGUGAUGUUUUACUGAAGAACAUUCAGGGUCUGAGGCAGUUGACGAUUCAUCUCCAGAAACAUUCAGAGUGCCUGGUUGAACUGGAACGGGCCUGCAGGUCCAGUCGGAAGGUGGAGACUCUGUGUCGAGACUUUGAGCAGCAGAGGGUUUGCUACCUGCCCUUCAACGUCUUCCUGCUGCGACCUCUCCACCGCCUGCUGCACUACAAACUCAUCCUGGAGAGGCUCUGCAAACAUUACCCACCCACCCACGACGACUUCAGGGACUGUAGAGCGGCCCUGGCGGACAUCUCAGAGAUGGUGCUGCAGCUUCAAGGCACCAUGAUGAAGAUGGAGAACUUCCAGAAGCUUCUAGAGCUGAAGAAAGACCUGACCGGCCUCGACAACCUCGCUAUCCCCGGGAGGGAGUUUAUCAGGCUCGGCUGCCUCAGCAAGCUCUCAGGGAAGGGCCUCCAGCAGAGAAUGUUCUUCCUGUUCAGUGAUUCCUUGGUGUACACCAGUCGAGGGAUGACCCCGUCCAACCAGUUUAAAGUUCAUGGACAGCUGCCUCUCUAUGGCAUGACGAUCAGAGAAAGUGAGGAGGAGUGGGGAGUCCCUUAUUCCUUCACCUUGUUUGGACAGCGUCAUUCUGUGGUGGUGGCAGCCAGCUGUGCGUCAGAGAUGGAGCGGUGGGUGGAGGACAUCAGGAUGGCGAUUGACCUGGCAGAACAGAGCAGCGGCCUGAACACUGACCUGCUCUCCACCGGCCUCUCUGACAACAAGCUGCUGGAGGACAGCGGAGCCGAGCAGGAGUCUGAGGAGGAGCUCUGCGGCUCGCGCUCGUCUCUGGAGCGCCAGGGUCACCGCGGCAACACCACCGUGCACGUCUGCUGGCAUCGCAACACCAGCGUGUCCAUGGUGGACUUCAGUGUCGCUGUGGAGAACCAGCUGUCGGGGAACCUGCUGAGGAAGUUUAAGAACAGUAACGGCUGGCAGAAACUCUGGGUGGUCUUCACCAACUUCAGCCUCUUCUUCUACAAGUCACAUCAGGAUGACUACCCUCUGGCCAGCCUUCCUCUGCUGGGCUACUCCGUCACCGUCCCGUCUGAGUCGGAGAACAUACACAAAGAUUAUGUCUUCAAACUUCACUUUAAGUCCCAUGUCUACUACUUCAGAUCAGAGAGCGAGUACACCUUUGAAAGGUGGAUGGAGGUGAUCCGCAGCGCCACCUGCUCCUCCAGCCACUCCCUGCCGAGCACCAGGAAAGACCUUUAUUGAUGAAUCUCUUCCUCCUCCUCCUCUUCCUCUUCGCUCUGACACUCAAGUAGGUGAAGACCUGGACUUCAGACUGCACAAACCACCCAGAAAAGACUCUUAUUAUAGACACAGAAUCAUGUUGCACACAGAUCGACACUUAAUACCUCUGAAUAGUUGAUUCACACACUUGUUACACACACACAUCACUCAGAGGUCCUCCCACUUCACCUCCUCUAUCCACCCUCUUAUUACACUCUUCUCUGCACCACUAGUGUCUGAUUAGAGGCUGUGGUGGAAGUUGUCCACGGUGUAAUUCAUUAUGUCAUUUUACUUUUUCUCUGUGCCAAACUGACAGCACACAGUCUUGCUGGCAGUGUUUUCCUUACCAACUGUUUCUUUUUCACUUUAUGCUUGUGCCAUUGAGUGAUGUUCACAUGCACACACACACAUGGAUUUAAUAUUCACAACAACAACAUCCCUGUUUACAAUAAGGAGGAUUUUAUCUUGAUCAUAAAUCUGAUUCAAGUGUAUGUGAAGCAUGAGUGUGUGUGCACCAUUUAGUAUUACUUUUUCAGUUUAUAAUAUUUCCAUGGUGUUUUUUAAUAUUCUAAAUAUUCCUGUAAAAUCACACAUUUGUGGUAGGGUUUUAAAAAUGUACAUAAAUAAGCUUGAAAUAAGCCCUAAACCAGGAUUUAAGAAACUGUAUCUGUGUGCAUGUGAACACACUCAUGAGUAUUUUUCAAUCUCUAUAUAAUUUGAUGAAUUAAAUGUGACAUCAGUUUGAACACGAUAAGAAAACAUCCAUCAUUUCUUUUUUGUAAGGUGACUUUUUGUACAGUACUUUGAUACACUGUGAAAUGUUCUUCUCUCAUUAUUGAUUUAUUUCUUCUUGUUUUCUUGCAAGUUUUGUUUUGUUUAAAAGGACAAAAUGGCUUCAAAACUGCUUCCAAACGCCAACAGAGAUUUCACUGGUUCAUUGCCAAGAAAACCUUCUCUUCUGUAUUCCUCCACUUUACUGGAUUUUACUAUUUUAAAUAAAGAUGAGAAAAGAUUGUGUUCAUAAGAAAAAAAAUGAGACAACCCA